GCACCCUCCGACCCGGCCAUCGCCGAGGCUCCGACGGCAACCCAUCCAUCUCUCUACGCGCGCCUAAAGCCCUUGUCUAUUUCGGAUAAUCCUCUCUUAUUCUACCCACAAGAACACCACAAUCCUUCCAAAACCUCUAGUAUUUGAGCUCGAAAUGGCUCCCUCCAACCUCCUUUCCCCUGCCACCACCGCCAUCGGCGAUUUCCACCUCCCGCCUAGGGUUUUCCUCCAUUCUCGCCGGGGCACCGCAGCUGCCCUCUUGCAACUACGCCGGGCUUCCGUUCCCCUUCGGUCCCGAUCCAAUCCGCCGAGGAAAACCCCUCCUUUCCGUCGAUCUUUCGUUGUCUUGCAGAAGCUCGACGCCGAUAGGAAUGGCGGCGGCAGCGGUGGUGAUGAUUUCAUCACUAGGGUUCUGAAAGAGAACCCUAGCCAGGUGGAACCUAAAUUCCUGGUCGGCGAUCGGUUUCUUACGCUGAGGGAGAAGCAGAGAUCUGGUAAAGCUCCCGAAUUUAGAGUACAUCAGUUGUUGAAGCGGUUGCUGGGUGAGUCGGGGGUUAAAAAGGAAGGAGAUGAGGGUGGUGGGGAUAGAGGAGGGGAGGCGUCCAGCCCAGUGUAUCUUAAGGACAUUCUCCGGGAGUUCAGGGGCAAACUUUAUGUGCCGGAGGAGGUGUUCAAGGGGAAUUUGUCUGAAGAGGAGGAGUUUGAGAGGAAUUUGAAGGAGCUUCCAGCGAUGAGGUUCGAGGAUUUUCAGAAACAUCUGGUGGCUGGAAAGAUUAAGCUGCUGACAUCAAGAUCGGAGGUUGGGAGUCCUCCUGAUAUUGGGUAUAGAGACUUUGUUGUCGACUUGAAGGAGAUUCCUGGGGACAAAAGUAUACAGAAGACUAAAUGGACAAUUAGGUUAAGUGCGAGCCAAGCACGGGCAGUCAUGGAGGAAUACAUGGGUCCACAAUAUGAGAUCGAAAAGCAUACCACGUCUUAUGUUGGGAAAUUACUAGCAUACCCUCACCCCGUGGCCUCCUCUAUAUCUAGCAGAGUGAUGGUUGAACUUGGGAUGGUAACAGCUUUGAUAGCUGCUGCAGGAGCAGUGAUUACGAGUUUCAUGGCAUCUGCAGUUUUUGCUGUAACCAGUUUCUUAUAUGCUGCUACUUUAUAUGUUGUCUGGCCUUUGGCCAGACCUUUUGUCAAGCUUGCUCUUGGUAUUGUCUUCAAUAUUGCUGAAAGGAUUUGGGAAUACAUUAUUGAUAUAUUCAGUGAGGGAGGGAUUUUUUCAAAGAUAUAUGAGUUUUACACUUUUGGCGGUGUUUCUGCUAGCCUCGAGAUGCUGAAACCAAUCAUGUUAGUUUUUGUGACAAUGGUUCUUCUUCUUCGGUUUACUUUGUCAAGGAGGCCAAAGAACUUCAGGAAAUGGGAUAUAUGGCAAGGUAUUGAAUUUGGACAAUCCAAGCCACAGGCCCGAGUUGAUGGUUCUACAGGAGUCAAAUUUAGUGAUGUGGCUGGGAUUGACGAAGCAGUUGAGGAACUCCAGGAGUUGGUUAGAUAUUUGAAGAAUCCAGAAUUAUUUGACAAGAUGGGAAUUAAACCUCCUCACGGCGUUCUUUUGGAAGGUCCUCCUGGAUGUGGAAAGACUCUUGUUGCAAAGGCUAUUGCGGGUGAAGCCGGGGUACCAUUCUAUCAAAUGGCUGGUUCUGAGUUUGUUGAAGUCCUAGUUGGCGUUGGUUCUGCUCGAAUUCGGGAUCUUUUUAAGAGAGCCAAAGUAAACAAACCAUCAGUUGUGUUUAUUGAUGAGAUUGAUGCAUUGGCAACUAGGCGCCAGGGGAUUUUCAGUGAGUCAACUGAUUACCUUUAUAAUGCUGCAACACAAGAGAGAGAGACUACGCUUAACCAGCUCUUGAUAGAGCUUGAUGGUUUUGAUACUGGAAAGGGUGUUAUAUUCUUGGGUGCUACCAAUCGUAUGGAUUUGUUAGAUCCAGCACUUCUUCGACCUGGCCGCUUUGACCGCAAGGUAAGAAUCCGCCCACCGGGAGCAAAAGGGCGAUUGGACAUCUUGAAAGUUCAUGCUCGCAAGGUCAAGAUGUCACCAACUGUUGACCUGUCAACUUAUGCUCAAAAUUUGCCUGGUUGGACGGGAGCUCAGUUGGCACAACUGGUGCAAGAGUCUGCUUUAGUGGCUGUCAGAAAUCGACAUGAUUCAAUUCUCCAGUCUGACAUGGAUGAUGCAGUUGACCGGCUGACAGUAGGACCUAAACGUUUGGGAAUUGAAUUAGGUCAUCAAGGGCAAUGCCGGAGGGCUGUGACUGAGGUUGGAGUAGCAAUAACAUCCCAUUUGUUGAGACGAUAUGAAAAUGCAAAAGUUGAAUUCUGUGAACGUAUUUCAAUCAUUCCUCGUGGCCAGACGCUCUCUCAAAUUGUAUUUCUUCAUCUUGAUGAAGAGUCAUACAUGUUUGAAAGGCGGCCACAGUUACUGCAUCGUCUUCAGGUACUAUUAGGAGGAAGAGCUGCUGAAGAGGUUAUUUAUGGUCGAGACACAUCAAAAGCAUCCUUGAAGUAUCUUGAAGAUGCAACUUGCCUUGCUCGUAAAAUUUUAUGCAUUUGGAACUUGGAGAAUCCUAUGACCAUACAUGGAGAGCCUUUUCCUUGGAUAAAGAAACCAAGCUUUGUUGGUCCUCGUUUGGAUUUUGAAGGAUCGCUCUAUGAUGACUAUGGUCUUAUUGAACCUCCAAUUAACUUUGAUUUGGAUGACCGAGUUGCUCAGAGAACUGAAGAGCUGAUGCGUGGCAUGUAUGGGAAAACAAUUUCUAUGUUGAGAAGGCAUGCUGCAGCCCUUCUGAAAACAACAAAGGUUCUUCUGGAUAAUAAGGAGAUCAGCGGAGAUCAAAUUGAGUUCAUUCUAAAUAGCUAUCCAGCUGAUACUGCAGUAAAGCUUGUUUUAGAGGAGAAAAAUCCAGGAAGCCUGCCCUUGUUUGAGGUGGAUGGGGACCGUGAUAUGGUGCUGUCCCCCUUGCUCCCCAUGAAAGAGGCAGCACAGUGACAUGGUCAUGGCAUGACUCUAGGCUGAUAUCUUCUAACUAACUACAAAGUCCAUGCCAAUGUAGCAAGAUAUGUCGAGACUCUGCAUCAUCCAGUGGUUGGUGGUGGCAUGAAACAGAUGCAGCUGACUUUUCUUUCUUCGGAUUCGAUGUGAAAAAUGAAUUCUCUGCCAGUGGAGAAGAGAGAGAUCAUGAGAGCCACCAGGUUUCAUGAUUGUCAUUUUUCCAUACUGGCAACGGUGUUUUGGUUGGCUUGUUUUGAUUGCCAACAAUCUCUUCUGCUUGAGCUUAAAUCACUAAUUUCACCACAUCAGAUGAGUUUUCAUCUCGACAGGAUAUUGUUUUUCGCUGAUAUUGGUACAUUAACCGGAGCUGCAUCUUCUGAGCCUCACAUUUCUGAAAAUGGAACAUGGAGAUUGAAGAACCAGAUGUUGGCAGAGGGUCAAACCUCCUGAGCUGGCGUUCUUUUUGAAAGGCUUUGCUUUCUAUUACUGGAACCUCCCAAAGGUUAGAUAUUCCUGAACAUGCAUUGGCUUGUCCGAUUACUGUUUAAUAGCUUCUUACCUGUUUUGAAGCUCUAAUUUUAUUAAGCGAAUUGGACGAAACCCCUGCAUACGAUGGUCCAGUUAAGAGUUUAAACCUAUUAUCUCAAGUCUGAAGUCAUCAUGUUCUGCACUCUGUUUAUCUAAAUUCAAUCCAUUAAUUUAAAGGUGG